GAUCCACUUCGAAAAACGAGUUGCUACAGUCUGUGACUUAUAUGACCUGAUUGUGCGAGUAUCGGACUAUUAUGCGGCGCUCGGAGAGUUCGGUUCGUAGGAACUUUAUGUGACAAGAAGUCAGCGUAAAAAAUCGUUAAUUGUUGAUAAUUGUCUCGAGCGAAUACGUCACCAUGAAAAAUACCAAAGUGGUCCAGUCGCGCGCAUUCGUUUGCUGUACAAACAUUAUUUUCCUGCUGUCGGGUUUCGUAUUGAUAUUAUUGGGAGGAUUAUUAUUAGCCGAUAACAAGCGGAUUUUAUUGUCGCGUCUACUGGGAGCUGGUGACAUCUAUCCCGAUCAGCCGCUCUUCUAUUACUUGGCUUUCGCUUUAGUCGCAUCAGGAUUUCUUAUCGGGCUCCUUGGAUUCUGGGGGGCUUAUCUCUAUGAUAGUUGCUGCUUCACUAUUUCCUAUCUCGUAAUAAUGAUCCUACUAUUCCUUGGCGAAUGCACCGUCUGCAUCAUCGCGAUGUUCUGGCCCCAAUUGCUGGGAAUCGAUGUAAGGCCAGCGCGUUUGAUACGCGCUUUACAACGUAGCUAUGCCGUGCCUGGCCGCGAACAAUUCACCGCGGCCCUUGACUUGGCACAAACGACAUUCUCCUGUUGCGGCAUCAACGGAAGCAACAAUUACGGCACGUCGUGGUGGCGGCUGCAGGAAGUCCACCGUAGAGAAUUAGUGGUGCCUCUCAGUUGUUGCACCCUGAAUAACGCCAAUGAGACGGACUCCUUCCUCAACCCUGCGCCUGCCAAUCUCACUCUCUGCCAGACUCUGAACCCUGCCGAACAUCAAUACGCCCGACACACAGUGGGUUGCCUCGAGCACAUCGAGAAAUGGACGCAGACUCAGGCGCUGAUCCUCCUAGCCAUCCUAUUAGCCGUCAUGUUCGUCGAAGUUAUCGCGCUUCUCAGCGUGCUUCUUGCCUGUUCACGCGAGAAGAAGAGAAGCAAAUCGUCGACUUUUACCUCCACGCAAACUUUGAGCCCGUUCGCGGAAAGUGAUCAUGAUUUCAGUAAGUCAUGAAGAUGGCUGGAGGGCGGCGAAGGACGAAAGGCUAUCGACAAGAAUAAGCGAGAAGCUAUCUGCGACGAUUCCAAGUAUAGCGUAUUAGCACCAAGCGGCAAAAGCAUAAUCGAGGAGUGGCGAAACCCGCCCAAAUACACCGAUCGGGCGUACGAGGAGCGCGCAGUUGACGUGGUGAUCGGUCCUCCGAUUCAGAAGUUGGCGACGAAAUUUUCGCCGCCGCCGAACGACGAUAAGCUCAAGAUCAAGAGGCCGCAGGGCGGCGGUACGGUCAGAAGCAUCCCCAUCAAAGAUUACAAGGCGUCGAUCGCGCACAACAUCGGAACGCUGAGACGAUCGGUCGCACCUCAGUCGCAAUUCGAAUCACUCGUUUCCGAGCCAGAGAGAAGAGCGAACCAUCGCACCGCCUCGCAAGUCGAGUGCCAAAGGAAGUCCCUCGACAACCAGCGCGACUGUUAUUGCAUUGAUAUCGAGGACAAUCGGCAGUACCGGGAGGAGCAACGAUCGCGGAACGACGAGUAUUUCCGCACGAGUUCUCGGAGGAGAAUCGGCUCGAAGGAUGUUUCUUCGCAGUUGGGUCACGUUGGUCAGAAGGUAUCCGUUUACGAGCAGCACGCCCUGCGCGACGCGAAAUAUCGAUCGGUCUUCGAGAUGAAGGGACACAUCGGCGUACCGUUGGUAGGUAUGCACAACGCCUGCGGCUUGCCCGUCGUGGCGAGUUGGCAAGACCACGAAAUUCUGCCCCCCAUCUACAGGAGUCCUCGCACGCUUCCGAACGUGCGACGACGAAGUCAGCGGAAGAGGAAGGAUCGCGCGAGAGACGUCAAGAAAUCGAUGAUCAAAUCGGACGCAACAAACGGCGAGUUAUCGAGGAAAGGGCAUCGCCGCUCGUCGUUCGCUACAUCGAAAGUGGGAUCGCUGUCUUCGAAGAACUCCUUCAAGAAGAGAACGGCCAGGAGGCGUGGGAUCAACCCGAACUCGUUGGUGGAUACCUUCGGCAGGAGAUCGGUUGAAGCGAACAGCGCGAAACGGGCGACUCUGUACGCGAAGGACGACGGGGAAGAGGCUGUUCAGGUUCUGAAAAAUUUAUGCCUGAAUCCUCUGGCGCGCACCAAUUCGGAAUCGGAUAUGAUGUGGUGAGGACGCUGAGUCCCGCUUUGAAUCGGCGUAUUGAUAUCUUGUGAAAUCGUUCGGGACGACGCGACGUUUAUCGAUUAUGCUGUCGUGUCUGAUGAAAUAUACGUGUCUCUCUGCACAUAUGAUUUGCUUAACUGUUUUAGCAGUGAAACUUGACGCAGAAAAAUAGGAACGUACGACAGAAGUUUUUUUUUUAUUCAUUUUUUCAAUUGUAUCUCCAGCGAUAUCCUUCACACGUAUAUUCGUUUCGCUUCUCGUACAAAUC